AUGCCUCAGGGCUCGUCUCUGGCGCCCCGCCCACACACGGCUCCUGGCUCCUCUUUGGCGCCCCGCCCCCGGACGUCCAGGCUGGCGGCGUACACCUUCCCUGCGGCCUGGGGCUUGUUUACCCGCAGUGCAUGGUGGGGCCGUCUCCUAGGACAACCCUGUUCUGGCAGCCAGCUUAGGCCUCGUGGGCUGAGCUCGGCCACUGUGACUACAGCAGCAUGCGCCGGGCCUCCACGCCGUCCCCGCCACUGGCAAUUCCCGACUACUACGAGAGACUGGGCUGCCUCCAGCACGGGCUGCGGGACAGGUACGCUCACCGGGGCGGGGAUUGAGUCGGGUAUGGGAGUCCUGUGGUAUCCUGUCCCCACUCCCUUCCCACCCGUCCUCCGGGAGAGUUCCUGGGCCUGGCGGCGUUACAGACGUAAGUCCGAGGACGCAGAGUGUGAGAAGAAGAGAUUAGACCUGGAAAGGAAACUUAAUGAAUACAGUCACUCUGAUACAUGCAGAUUUAAGCUGAAAUAUGUAAAAUUAAACAAAUAUCUGAAGGAAAUAUGUGACUCAGAAAAGAAGGCUUGUGCUAGAAAUCAAGAAUAUUUAAAGCAAUGUGAACAUAUACAAGCUCAUAUUGGAAACUUUAUCACAAAUACAGAGAAGCUUCAAGAACUAAAGACUGAAUAUGAGACUCAGAUUAAGAAGAUACAGUUACUUUCAAAAGGUAACCUAGGAAUAAAAGAUGAACUGAAAGAUGAAGACAAAAAGGUUGCAAUCCAGGAAGGAAUUAACUCGGGGACAGUCGUGUCAAGAAGAUUGUAUCAACCAGCAACAAUCUUUAUGGGCUACCAAAUGUCAGCCAUCUCACAUAUUGAAGAUUUCAAUAUAGAGCAGAGAUCUACCCAACCCACAAAGAAGUUCUCAAUUCCUGACCCACAUACAUGCCAACAGACAGCUCAGAGUGCUAUUGUGAUAGACAGCUGUGUAGUACAAACUAAUAGUGACACACAGUGCUUAAAUAAGUCUGACAAAAUAGAUUGGAAGGCACCUCUUCAGAUUGGUGAGGAAAUGCCUGUCACAGCCAGUGUAUUGUCUGAGCAGGAAAAACCUCAUUGUUUGGAGACAGGAAGCAACAUACGUUAUGGCAAGAGUAAUUUAUCUGAAAGCAAAAAGUCUGCUGAACUUCAUUCUUCGUUACUAGAAAGAUUACCUCCACAGAACAGAACCACUGAUGUAAAAUGUGACAGUUGUUACAGAUCAGAGGGAUCAGAGGAAGAAAUACUGACACAGGAACAUAUUGAAGUCAAGGAAGAAACAGCUGGACCGCCAGUCUCCCAGUUAUCUGUGUCAGAAUACUGUGAAUCUGAAAAUAAGUGUACUCAAGAGAACCAUUCUGCGUGGGAAGGUUUCUUAGAUCACCAUCCUUAUAAAGACCCAAAGUCACAGACAUCUUCCAGAAGAAUGAAGGAAGAUGUGAAAGUGGAGAGUUCAAGCAGCAGCAGUGACCUCACAGUUUCUGUGAGUGAAGAUGAUCUGAUUUUCAAGAGUCCAGAACCACAGCUAAAUCUGUGUGACAAGGUGGAGAGAGAAAAUGGAAUAAAAGCCAUAGAACUAAUCCAUUCCAGGCAAGAAGGAGAUGUCCAGUUUACCAAAAAAAAGAAUUGUAUUUUCGAAAUCCUAAAUUCUCCUGAGUCAAGAAAGGAAUCUUCCUCUACUAACUCACCAACAAGAAAAUCUGAACAACCACCACAUUCAAAUUUAUUGCAAACACAGUGGGGUCAGCAUGCCACCACCAUGAAGGAAGAUAGUUCUCUCAAAGACGAGGCAACUGCAUUAUUGAAAAAGGCUCUUACAGAAGAAUGUGAGGAGAGGUCAUCUAUUCACAGUAAUGAAUCAUCUUGCAGCUUGCCAUCUAUUCUGAAUGACAAUGGUGGAAUAAAAGAAGCAAAGCUCGGCCUCUGGCUCAACAGUGUUCAUACAGGAGAACAAGACAUUUCAGGCUACAGAGAAGAGAGCAAGGAAGAAAGUAUGACAAGAAAGAUUCCAAUCACAGAAACAGAUGCUUACCAGUUGCUGAAGCAGUCCACUCUUCAGGAUAAUACAUAUUACUCUGACGACAGAUUCCAAAAGGCAACUUUUUCUGUACCACUGUCAUCAGGUUUUAAUAAUGGCAGCAGCACACUCAAUACAAAGACAACUAAUGAUACUGCUUUGGAAGCAUAUUUUUCAUCUGGUGAAGUAAAUCCUUUGACAAGACAUGAAAACAAAAGGAAACUAAUUACCACCUUAAAAUCUAAAGCCUUCUGGGGUGAGUCUGAUGACAGCAAUUCAGAAAUUGAAGCUGCUUUACGUCCUAGAAACCAUGACACAUCUACUGAAGAUUUUGAUGAUUUUUAUAAUUAA